UCCAUAAGCACCAAAAAAUAUGGGAAGCCUUCACCAUCCUUGAUUUCCUAGCUGGCCCAUUUCAAUACCUUUGCUGAAAACAUUGAUGGACUCCAUUAAUGGAGCUAGAAAGCCUCAUGCAGUCUGUGUUCCAUAUCCAACACAAGGCCAUGUGACCCCUAUGCUGCAAUUGACCAAGCUCCUACAUACAAGAGGUUUCCACAUAACCUUUGUCAACACUGAGUACAACCAUAGGCGCUUGCUGCGGUCCCGGGGACCAAAUGCCGUUAAGGGCUUACCAGAUUUUCGAUUCGAGACCAUACCGGAUGGACUGCCACAAUCAGACCGUGAUGCAUCACAAGAUAUUCCAUCACUUUGUGAUUCGACCCGGAAGACUUGUUUGCCACCAUUUAAAGAUCUAUUAGCUAAGAUCGCUUCAUCCUCGGAAGUGCCUCCAGUUACAUGCAUAAUUUCAGAUGGAGUGAUGAGCUUUGCCAUAAAAGCAGCCAAGGAAUUGGGCAUUCCGGGGUUCCAACUUUGGACUGCCUCUGCAUGUGGCUUCAUGGGAUAUCUAAGCUAUCGUGAGCUCAUUAGAAGAGGAAUUGUUCCAUUCAAAGAUGAGAGCUAUGCUACUGAUGGCACUCUGGAUGCGCCUAUUGAUUGGAUUCCGGGUAUGCCCAACAUGCUGCUCAAGGACAUACCAACCUUUCUCAGGACCACUGAUCUCAAUGACAUCAUGUUCGAUUUCUUGGGAGAGGAAGCUCAAAAUUGCUUAAAGGCAACGGCCGUAAUCAUCAACACUUUUGAUGAAUUGGAACAUGAAGUCUUGGAGGCCCUCAAGUCCAAGUGCCCUAAACUUUACACUGCGGGCCCUCUUUCCUUGCAUGCUAGGCAUCUGCCCGAAAGCCCUUUCAAGCAUCAUAGCUCAAGCCUAUGGAAGGAAGACCAUAACUGUAUUGAAUGGCUUGAUAAGAGGGAACCCAACUCAGUCGUGUACGUAAAUUAUGGGAGCAUAACAACUAUGACAGACCAACACCUGAUUGAGUUUGCAUGGGGGCUGGCUAAUAGCAGACACCCCUUUUUGUGGAUACUUCGAUCUGACGUGGUGGGCAGGGACACUGCAAUCUUGCCUGAAGAGUUCUUAGAGGAGACCAAGGAUAGAGGACUAGUAGCAAGUUGGUGCUCGCAGGAUAAAGUGCUUUACCACCCAUCUGUAGGUGUUUUUCUAUCUCACUGUGGGUGGAAUUCUACCACUGAAAGUAUUUGUGGUGGUGUGCCUCUCAUGUGUUGGCCUUUCUUUGCUGAGCAAGUCACAAAUGCCCGGUAUGCAUGCACAAAAUGGGGGAUGGCCGUGGAGGUGAACCAGGAUGUAAAGCGCCAUGAGAUUGAAGCACUUGUUAAGGAAGUGAUGGAAGGGGAGAAAGGGAAGGAAAUUAAGAAAAAUGCUAUGGAAUGGAAGAGGAAAGCAUUAGAAGCAACUGAUGUUGGAGGAUCGUCUUACAAUAAUUUUGAAGGAUUCAUUAAGGAGGUCCUCCAAAACCAUAGUGAUUACCAGUAAUUGAUAAACCAUUGGUGGCAACUGAUUUCAGUGCUAGAGGAGUUGCAGUGAGUGUUUUAAUAAUUUUAAAAAUUGUACUUCCCCCACCUUUGUUUGUAUCCUUCUCUUAUGGCACUGCUACACUCUCAUACUCCUGAUUCUGGGGAUAUCACACAAUCUGAAGGUAUAAAUUACUUUCCCCACUAUUAAUUUCUUCAUAUUAUAAAUUAAUUUUUAUAA